AUGUCACUCCUCUCACUCCCCAACGAGCUGCUCCUCCUGAUCGUCGAGUCUCUCACCUCCGCGCGCGACCUCUGCUGCCUAGUAUUCACCAACCGCCGCUUCUGCCACCUCCUCGCGCCCUCCCUCCUGCGCUAUGCCAUCCAAAAGGAGCAUGCCAUGACAGCACUCUUCUACGCGGCUGCCGUCGGGAACCGGCCCCUGAUCCGCCUGAUCCUCGAAUCCGGCCCGCCGCUGAUGGUUCUCGGCCACAUCCGCGACCGAAUCGGCGACUUUGGCAUCCGCGUCAUCUACAGCGCGCCCAUGCGGUGCGCCGACGAGGCCGUCGACCGCAUCCUCUCAAUCGGCCCCGGCAUCCAACUGACUCGGCUCUGGGAGGGGCGGGCAUCUCCGCGCGCGCUGCUCCCCGCCCUCACACACGGAACCUUCCACGGCACCUUCCCGGCGCUGCACUGGGGCGUGUUGCAGGGUCACUACCGCCUCGUGCGCAUGCUCCUGGCUCGCCCCGGUAUCGACGUCAAUGCGCGCAUCCACAUCUCGCUCAACCGCUGGGGCUACCGGGACCACGACGCGUACAGCCUGGAGACCGAUGAGCGCGGCCCAAACAGGAGGAUCUACAGGCGGCAUUUCGCCCCCGGCGAGUUCAAUGUCGCGCCGCUGCACCUCGCCGCAUAUCUGGGCCACAAGGAGAUCGUGGAGCUGCUGCUCCACAGCGGGGCAGAGGUCGGGACAGUGGCUACGUACGAUAACAAGACGGAGCUGCACCUAGCCGCGCAGAUGGGCCAUGAGAGCAUCGUGCGCCUGCUGCUGGAGAAGGGCGCCGACGUGGACAUGGCUGACGGCGGCGGGUGGCAUCCACUCUUUGGGGCCGUCAUGUUUGGCCAUGAGGCCAUGGUCGCACUGCUGCUAGACCGCGGUGCGGACACUAAUCUAAUUGGUUCGGGGGUGUUUAAGCAGUGGAGCGGCCGCACGCUGCUGCACUUCCUUGUGCUCCGUGAUGAGAUCAGGCCAUACCGCUGCUGGCCUGAGGAGCGGAAAAAAAUCUUGAGGCUGCUUCUGGAGGCCGGUGCUGACCCGACUAUCCCGGAUAGGUGUGGGGAGAGCGUGUAUAACCUUGCGCAGGCCCUGGGCGACGACGACCUGGUAAAGGUACUGUCUGAGAACUACCUCUGGUACGGGGUGAGGUACUGGGAGUCGAGGAGCCGUGGCGCCCUUAGGAGGGAGAGGCAGAGGCUGUAUAUGGGAUGGAAGCUGAGGCGGUGGUGUAGAGAUAGACAGGAUGUUGUCCUGAGGAGGUAUAGGAAGACGCGCUCGUUCCUGUGCUUUAUGUGUUGA